GAUGUUUAAGAAGCUGCUUAAGUCAGUCUUCAAUAAUAAAGCAGAGGAAUUACAUAAUGAAACAUCACCUAAGGAAGAUUCGUUAUCACCAGAAGAAGAGACAGAUACUCUGUAUAAUCAAGAAAAGGAAGAAGAACACACAGCUUUAGAUAACGUAAAAAGUAUAGUAACCGAAAUAGUUGAUCAACUUCCUCUGGAUAAAACAAUGUUCCAUUCUAUGCUAGAUAGAGUAAGAGUUUUUUUUAAUAGACCACGGAUAACUUUAAUUAGGACGUGUCAUUUGCCGAAUUGUAGCUCAAAGGGUCCAAAAGAGGAAAAGGAAGAAAUCACAGAAGAAAAAAGUGCUAAUUCGAGUUAUACUACUGCUUUAAAUAGUACAUACGAAACUGAUGACGAAUUGUCUAAACGCCUGAACGAUUUACUCGGUAAAGUUGAGUGGGAAGACAAGGAAACGGAAGAAAUUAUUCAAACACCUAGUAACACAAAAGAUUAUUUUGAUAACAGUGCUCAAAAUACUGUAACUAAACUCGACGUAAAGAGCGAAGAUCCGCAUACAGAAGUCGAACCUUUAGAACAACCUAAAUUUGAUGAAGAUCCAGCUGAUAUGAGCGAAGAGCAAGAAGUUCCAGUUCAACGAGGGACUUACACCAUAGAUUGGGAUAAUCUUGAGGCCUUAGAUCCAUUUGGUGGACAGCCAACUAAACCCAAAAAGAACAUUAUUAAUGAUACAAACAACACUGUAGUAGAAAAAAAUGUAGAAAAUUGCGAAAUUGAGCCCGUCUCUCACCCUUCUCCUCCUCCUCAAAAAGAUAACAAUACAGAAGAAAACCGUAAUAUUGGUCAAGUUAACGAUAACGAGAAUUGUGAAAAUGAAAAAAUAAACAAUAACGAACAGUUAAAUGGUAAAGUUGAAAAUUGCACCGAAAAUAACAAGAACAAUGCAAAUAAAACUGAAGAGAAAGAAACAGUUAAAGAAAAAAAGCCUGCUAAACCAAAAGCAUCAAUAUCUAAAUUUAAGAGACCAGCAAAACCUCCCGGUGGAUUUCAACAGAUGGAUGAUAUUGUUAUAUUUGCUUCAAAAUCAGAAAAUAAGAACUCCAGUGAAGAAACCGAAGUCAAACAAUCACUGCCCUCUAAUGAAAAUGUUGAAAAUGAAGAACCAGUAAAAGAUGAUGAAAAUAAUAUAAUUUCAAAUGUAGCUAAUACAAAAACUGAUGAGAAUAAUAGUCAAGAAGAAUCUUUUGAUGGUAAUCAAACAUUGAAAGAAACAUCCACCAUUCAAAUGAAUACAUCAGACGAGGAUAGAGCAAUGAUGCCACCCCCACCUUCUGAUUUUUUGGCCGCUGAUGUAAAUGAAGAUUUCACACCAGGCGAAGACUUGUUGAUAGAAGUCUAA